AUGCCAUCUAGCACUGCACAGACCCAGCUGGGUCGCCAGUUCUGGGCCUCGAUCCGGGAAACAGUCGACGCCGCCCUAUGGAACCUGCCCUCGAGCCGCAAGCGCCUGAACCACAUCGGCUUCGGCCAAGCCAGGUUCUGGGCCUCGAGGCCUAGCGCCGGGAGGUUCUUUACCUCGUCGAGGCACCUGCCGUCGCCGCAGUCGGCAAAGUUUUCAUCAACCAGUGUCCGGCGGAGCUGCACCUCGGGCGGCCUGCUGCUCCUGGGCCUUGGGAACCCGACCAGCUCGACGCAGAAUGUCGUGACGACAUGCGCCGCCGCCGCCGAUUCCGCCAUCGUAGCCGGCGCGGCGUCCAAGACAAACGUCAGCCGCCUGGCCAGGCAAGCAUGGCAGCGCGGCCAGCAUACGGGUGCGCUGGGCAAGGGGAGGACACCGGCCCGUAGGUACAAGAGCUCCAAGGCCGGCGAGGAGGAAGUCAAGAAGUCUGCCGUGCCACCAAAGGCGGAAAAUGCCCAAAAGCCGACGACGACACCCCCGAAGGGCCAGCCCGAACACCACGACCCCGAGUCCAUUACCGAAUCCAUGUCCAAGUACCUCUCCGAUCACCUGCCACACCUCCCAAAGAUGCCUCAUAGGCCGACGAAAGAAGAACUGUUGGCUGCCGCGACUGGAUUCUGGCAGAGGAUGAAGGUCCGGUUCAAGUGGUUCUCCAUCAGGAGCAUGCGGCCCUGGAAUGCGGAUGAAUGGGGGGCGUUUGUCUCCUGGUUUGUGUUCGGACAUAUCGUUUGGAUUCUGCUUGGGACCACGACAUUCUUUUCCUUGGUCAUCCUGACGGUCAACACUGUAUUUGCGCAAGAGGAGCUUGCGAAGUGGGUAGGCGACUACCUAACCCAGUCGGCUGGUGUGACUGUCGUCUUCGAGUCUGCUAUUGUCCCCAGAUGGAAGGACGGCGUUAUCACGUUCCGAAAUGUGUUCGUGUCGCGGAGACCCGGCCAGCUGAAAUCGUCGGUCAAGAAGGGCUCUUCGACGAGCGCUGCCGCCAUGGCAGCUGCCAAAGCGGGCCACUCCGAAUCGGCAACCGAAGCAGACGACGGCAACUAUACCCAGUUCGACGUCACUAUCAACACCGUCAAUGUGACGCUCUCCUUUAUCAAGUGGUGGAACGGCAAGGGGUUCUUGAAAGACGUCGAGGUCAAGGGUGUCAGAGGCGUGGUUGACAGGACGCACGUCGUCUGGCCCGACGAGCCUGCCGACCCCUUGUCAUACCGACACGAACACCAGCCCGGCGACUUCGAGAUUGAGCACUUCAAGCUCGAAGACCUGCUCGUGACCAUCCACCAGCCUGACAAUUUCAGGCCGUUCUCCAUGAGCAUCUACUCGUGCGAGCUGCCCCAGCUGCGAAAACAGUGGCUGUUCUACGACUUCCUGUCUGCGACGCACAUGUCUGGCUCGUUUGAUGGCUCUCUGUUCACGAUCCACCCACGCCAGAUUCAUGGAGUCCCGGCCGGAGACGACCACGGCAUCAUAGCAGUGGACCAAGUUGGCGAUGCAUCUGCGUGGAAGAAGUUCUCACGACUCAGAAUCGAUGGCCUCAAGAUCGACCAUCUGAACAGGGGAGUCGAAGGCCCCUUUGGGUGGAUCUACGAGGGGAACCUCGACAUAGUCGCCGACAUCAUGUUCCCAGCUGACGUCGAUGAAGGCAUCGGCAAGGUCGUCAGCGACUUUUACGACAAGAUGGAAGAGGCCGUGACAUCCAACCGAUACCUGAGAAUCCUGGACAAUCAGGACCAGGAGGGGCCCGCCAACGACGCACAGUACGCCCUUGACAGCGGUCCAGAGCAGCAGGGCCACCUCUCCAGGGACACAGCCUCCAUACUGCACAGCGAACCCCAAGACACCUCCACCAUCACCACAACCCGAGAACAAACCGCCGAAGCCUCCCUCUCGACCGUCCCAGAAGCGGCGCCGCACGCGAGCCCCAUCGACGAGAUCCCGCGGUACCUCGUCAUGGACCUGCGGCUGCACCUCAACGACGUGCGCGCCCAGGUGCCCUACUUCUCGGCGUCCAAGGACCUGGGCCACAGCUACAUCAACGCGGCGCUCAUCCGGCCCAUCGUCGCCUACAUCAACUCGAAGCGCACCUACAUCCCCAUCAACUGCCGCGUCGUCAAGCGCGCGCCCGAUUUCGACGGCUCGUGGUCCAUCUUCGACUGCGGCCUCAUGGACGACAUGUCGGCCGAGGUCUACUCGGCUUUCGCGCGCGACGUCGAGGACCAGCAGUCGCGCGUGCGCCGGCUCAAGAAGGUCGGCUUCUGGACGCUCAGCAUGGUCGUGCACGCGCUGCUGGCGGGCGUGGCGGGGGAUUACAUGUGA